UUCUUCCUCAUUUGUCACUCCUACGCAUAGUCGCAGAGAAGCAACAGCUAUCCGGAAUGUGGAAUGAAUCGGAGUGAGCUAACUCAGUUCUUAGUUCUCCAGUAAACUGUUAAACGUGCGAUUGGGCAGCAUUUGCGACAAAUAUGGCAAAACAGACUACCGAUGGAUUUGCCGUUUUCUCUGAUAGACGGUGUGGAUGAAAAAUCAAACAGAAUUGGGCAGCCGGUCGGGAUCUGAAAAGCAUUGAACGGGUCGCUCUAUUCGACACAGAUUGGAAAUAGACGUGCUUUUAAUCGUGGUGUUCGACUGAGGUUUGGGCAUUGCUUCUCCGUCAGUCCACAUUGUUUCGAGGUUUUAUUCCGACGGUCAAGUAGCCUAUAGCCCAUUCAUGUUGCAAAACCUCGGUUUAUGACAAUGGAUUACUUGCUGUUUAUAUGCAGCUUAUUGCUCCCGGCGGUGUUCGGUGUUGAAGAAACUCUCAUGGACAGCAAGUGGGCUACCACAGAGCUCGCCUGGACCACCUAUCCUGAAAGCGGGUGGGAAGAGGUGAGCGGCUACGACGACAACAUGAACCCCAUCCGGACGUACCAGGUGUGCAACGUGAAGGAGCCCAACCAGAACAACUGGCUGCGCUCCGACUUCAUCCCGCGCAAGGGCGUCCUGCGCGUCUACGUGGAGCUCAAGUUCUCGGUGCGCGACUGCGCCAGCAUCCCCAACAUCCCCGGCUCGUGCAAGGAGACGUUCAACCUGUUCUACUACGAGUCGGACCGGGACAGCGCCACCGAGUCCAGCCCGGCGUGGCGGGAGACACCCUACGUGAAGGUGGACACCAUCGCGCCGGACGAGAGCUUCUCGCUGCUGGUGUCGGGCCGCGUCAACACCAAGGUGCGCAGCUUCGGCCCGCUGUCCAAGGAGGGCUUCUACCUGGCCUUCCAGGACCUGGGCGCGUGCAUGUCGCUCAUCUCCGCCCGCGUCUUCUUCAAGAAGUGCUCCACCACCAUCGCCAGCUUCGCCGUCUUCCCCGAGACGGCCACGGGCGCCGAGGCCACCUCGCUGGUCAUCGCCUCGGGCGCCUGCGUGCCCAACGCCGCCGAGGUGUCCGUCCCCCUCAAGCUCUACUGCAACGGGGACGGCGAGUGGAUGGUUCCCGUGGGCUCCUGCACCUGCAUGGCUGGCUUCGAGCCGGCCAUGAAAGACACGCAAUGCCAAGCGUGCCCUCCUGGCACCUUCAAGUCGGAGCAGGGCCAGGGCUUCUGCUCGCCCUGUCCACCCAACAGCAGGACCAGUGCCAGGGCCUCCAACCUCUGCCCGUGUCAAAAUGGCUUCUACCGGGCCGACUCGGACUCGCCGGACGCUCCGUGCACCACCGUGCCCUCCGCCCCGCGAAGCGUCAUCUCCAGCGUCAACGAGACGUCGGUGUCCCUGGAGUGGGCGGAGCCGCGGGAGCUGGGCGGCCGGCGCGACGUGGUCUACAACGUGGUGUGCAAGAAGUGCCUGCACAGCGGCGGCGCCUGCUCGCGCUGCGACAGCAACGUGGACGUGUCGCCGCGGCGACUGGGCCUGGCCGAGCGCUGGGCGGCCGUCAGGAACCUGCAGGCGCACACGCGCUACAGCUUCGAGAUCCAGGCCGUCAACGGCGUCUCGGCCAAGAGCCCCGCCACGCCCAACUACGCCACCGUCAACAUCACCACCAACCAAGCAGCUCCGUCGGCCGUCCCCACUGUGCUGCUGAUGAGGGCCACGGCUGGAACCAUGAGCCUCUCCUGGCUGCCGCCUGAACAGCCCAAUGGAGUCAUCCUGGAUUAUGAGAUUAAAUACCACGAGAAGGGAGAGGCGUUUUCCCACACAGUGACUGCCCAACACAGCUCUGCCAGGGUGGAGGGCCUGAAGGCGGGCACUGCCUACAUGGUGCAGGUCCGCGCUCGCACCGUAGCCGGAUACGGGCGCUACAGCUUCGCGGUGGAGUUCAGUACCAACGAACACAGUGACCCAGAAAGGUCUGUGCAAGAUCAGCUGCCACUCAUCGUGGGCUCUGCCACAGCAGGGUUUGUUGUCAUUAUCGCCCUGGUUGUCAUCGCCGUCGUCUGCCUCAGGAAGCAGCGCACGGGCUCAGAACUGGAGUACACAGAGAAGCUGCAGCAGUAUGUCACCCCCGGUGUGAAAGUGUACAUCGACCCCUUCACAUACGAGGACCCUAAUGAGGCCGUCCACGAGUUUGCCAGAGAGAUCGACAUCUCCUGCGUGAAGAUCGAGGAAGUGAUCGGCGCAGGGGAGUUCGGCGAGGUGUGCCGGGGGCGCCUGAAGCAGCCGGGCCGCAAGGAGGCGGCCGUGGCCAUCAAGACGCUGAAGGCCGGCUACACCGAGCGCCAGCGCCGGGACUUCCUGGCCGAGGCGAGCAUCAUGGGCCAGUUCGACCACCCCAACGUCAUCCACCUGGAGGGCGUGCUGACCCGAAGCUGCCCCGUGCUCAUCGUCACCGAGUUCAUGGAGAACGGCGCGCUGGACUCCUUCCUCAGGAUGAAUGAUGGGCGGUUCACCGUGACUCAGCUGGUGGGGAUGCUGCGCGGCAUCGCCUCGGGGAUGAAGUACCUCUCCGAGAUGAACUACGUCCACCGCGACCUGGCCGCCCGCAACGUCCUGGUCAACAGCAACCUGGUCUGCAAGGUGUCCGACUUCGGCCUGUCCCGCUUCCUGGACGACAACUCCGCCGACCCCACCUACACCAGCUCCCUGGGGGGGAAGAUCCCGAUCCGCUGGACUGCCCCCGAGGCCAUCGCCUUCCGCAAGUUCACCUCGGCCAGCGACGUGUGGAGCUACGGCAUCGUGAUGUGGGAGGUGAUGUCAUUCGGAGAGAGGCCUUACUGGGACAUGAGCAACCAAGAUGUGAUGAAUGCAGUGGAGCAGGACUACCGGCUGCCCCCGCCCAUGGACUGCCCCACGGUGCUGCACCAGCUCAUGCUGGAGUGCUGGCUCAAGGAGCGGAACCAGAGGCCCAAGUUUGCCCAGAUCGUCAGCACGCUCGACAAGCUGCUCCGCAACGCCGCCAGCCUUAAGGUGGUGACCAGCUCACACUCAGGGGAUCUCCUGCAGGUCGGCGGGACGCUGCCGGGCCAUCAGAGGAAGAGCCUAACAUUAGGUGGCACGCAGGACAUGCGGCAGCAGAUGAGCCAAACGCUUCCUAUCCGCGUCUGAAGGAGAGAAGGACUGAGAGAGAGAGAGAGAGAAAGAGAGAGAGAGAGAAAGAGAGAGACAUCGAGAGAGAGAGAGACAGACAGACAGAGAUGAGGAGGAGGCAAAGACGAGAGGAGUCCCCAGAAAACAGAUGUAUAUCACCGACACCAAGAGAACCACUUGCCUGUCAACAAAGGAGCACCAAAUCAAAACCCCCCUCCCCCCCUCAUCCCAGCCCUCCUUCAGACUCCUUGGCUGUAUGUCACUCCUCGGAGUUCCAGCAACAGCCAUAGGCCAGACACGGAGGCCCUGUCUUUUUUUUUUACAGCUCGCUCAGGGCCGUGAGCGGACUACACAAGAAAGGACCAUCUUCCAGACCACCUGCGGUGAGACUUUUCCUUUUGAAAAAAAAAAAUGGGUGGAAAAAAAACAAGAGUAUAAAAGAGACGGAGCUACUUCAGUGUACAGAGAGCCGUCAUUUGAUUCUCCGUAGAGACGUGUACAGUGGAUUUUGUGGUCAGCGGAGAACUGGACACUUUUGCAGUGGAUUGGCAGCGCAGCGAGGAGAGCCCGUGGAAGGCAGGCGGAUCCUUGACUAAGUCUCUCACUGGGCCCACACAGGCCAUUAUUUUUCACUCCUCUUCCUCUCCAAGGUUACUACUACCUUUUGCACUGAAUUGCCAUGAUGCGGAUGUAAAAAAAAAAACGAACACAAAAAAAACUUCAUUUCAAAUUUGUUCUCAGGUUCUGUUUGCAUGCCUGCAUGAAGUUGUUUUUUUUUUUUUUUUUUACUUUUCACUCUUGGCUAUAAGACAUCGACUGCCUUCCUCACGUGACAUUUCGCUCUUCUUCCCAGACUCUGCUUUCCUCUCAGACUGGAACUCUGAGGGUGAGGGAAUGACCAUAGACUUUGUGAAAAAGGAACAAAAAAAAUGAAAUUAAACCCGAAUAAGAACUUAAUGGAAAAAUGUUACUAGAUCAAUCGCAUAGAGAUCGUUUGGAGAAUUGCAGCCAGAACCUGGGACAUCUUCCACAAUUUUUUCUCUCUCUCUCAAUCUGGUCUUCAUAUUGAAGAAGAGACAGAUAAAAGCAAUUGAGAGUUGGAAUCAAUGAAGCUACAAAGAGGAGGCUGAGCAGUAUUUUCAGCUCAAGCAACAUGUAAAUGAAACUGGUGGACCCUUUAAUAGGGAGAGCUGAUUUGAAGUGACUGCCAUAAUUGCUGAUAAUCUUUUUUGUUUUGUCUACUAGUGUUCUGCUUUGUCUUCCAUGUUACUUGGAGAUUAUUCUUCAUGGAUGGCAUUGGACUGUGACCUAUGACUAAAUGAUCCUAAGGCCUGAUAAUAAGUGUAAUUAGAAUUGUGUAUGGAUGUGUAUGUGUGUACGUACAUGGGUGGGUGUUGAAGGGGUGUGUUUGUGUACACGAAUGUUGGGGAAGGGGGCUGUUUGUUUGUGUGUGUGUGUAUAUGUGAGUGAGGGGGGACAUGUUUGUGUGUGUGUGUGUGUGUGUGUGAUCGAGUGAAUAAUUAUGUGGGUAUGCGAUACAGGUUCAUAUGCAUGCCAGGCUGGAGGUUUUGUGAUCGAAUCCCAUCUGUGAAGCGUGUUAAUGCUUUGAUAGCUGUUGUUUAAUGGAAAUUACCUUUCAGUAUUUUAUUUUAUUCUAUUAAAAUAUGCAUCAUUCGUAAAGGUAAAUAAUUAAAACAAUAAAAACUCUGGAAAAUAUACAAAAAAAAAAACAUUCUGUGUAACUACAUGAAAGAAUGAAUGGCAAAGCAGCGGCGGCCACAAAGUCGUGCCGCUGUGAACGGGCCAGGAAAUUCCUCGGCUGAUCUGAAUGACACAUGUCAUGUUUCAAAGAUGAAGUGAUGCUACUGCUAUACGGAACAUAAUCCCUCCAAAAUCAUGGCGGUAAUUCAUUUUCUCAACACGUGGAAUCGCCGGAGAUUUGCCGCCACAGUCUGCGUUGAGGCACUCAGCUCGGCUGUGCCGUGCACACGUUCCGCCCCUCUCCUCUCUGAUUUCCCCAGCCGCUUGGCCCCAAAGCUCAAAGCCUUCGUUCAUGAUGCUGUACAAAAGCAGGUUUGAUCCCCCCAAUUACAUUGGUCCUGCGCAAGCCUAUACAGAUCAGGGAGAACAGCCUGCCGGUGGAAUCAAGUCUCACGUCGGGAGUCUGGUCUGGCCUGCUGCAUGAGAUGCUGAGAUUCGCCCUCUUGGCUGUUGAACCAUUCUCUCCCUUCUGCCGCCCAACAUGGCAAAAACCAGACAAACAAUAUGUUACCAUGAGGACACUUAAGAUGUACAUUAAAAGAAGA